GUGACUCCAGGGGCUCCGCCCCGAGCCUUGGCCCAGUCUCGGGGUCCAAGGCUGAGGGAGUGGGACGGAAGUGAGCGGGUCCCGCCCCUUCCCCUUCUCGUCUCUGUUGGAGUCGUCUCUGUCGCGGCUGCCUCGGCUGUCCGCUCUCCGGCGAGCCGGAGUCCUCGUGCAGUACCGUCAGUUCCCGGCCGCGCGGAGCCGGGAUGCACUGUUCCUGCUGUGGGUCCUCAUCAUGGAGACCAAACGGGUGGAGAUUCCCGGCAGCGUCCUGGACGAUCUCUGCAGCCGAUUUAUUUUGCAUAUUCCCAGCGAGGAAAGAGACAAUGCAAUCCGAGUGUGUUUUCAGAUUGAACUUGCCCAUUGGUUUUACUUGGAUUUCUACAUGCAGAACACACCAGGAUUACCUCAGUGUGGGAUAAGAGACUUUGCUAAAGCUGUCUUCAGUCAUUGUCCGUUUUUGCUGCCUCAAGGUGAAGAUGUGGAAAAAGUUUUGGACGAAUGGAAGGAAUAUAAAAUGGGAGUACCAACAUAUGGUGCAAUUAUUCUUGAUGAGACACUUGAAAAUGUACUACUGGUUCAGGGGUACCUAGCAAAAUCAGGCUGGGGAUUUCCAAAAGGAAAAGUAAAUAAAGAAGAAGCUCCUCAUGAUUGUGCUGCUAGAGAGGUCUUUGAAGAAACUGGUUUUGAUAUCAAAGACUAUAUUUGUAAGGAUGAUUACAUUGAACUUCGAAUCAAUGACCAGCUUGCUCGUUUGUACAUCAUUCCAGGAAUUCCAAAAGACACAAAAUUUAACCCAAAAACUAGAAGAGAAAUUCGGAACAUUGAGUGGUUCUCUAUUGAGAAGUUGCCUUGUCAUAGAAAUGAUAUGACCCCCAAAUCCAAACUUGGUUUGGCACCUAACAAAUUUUUUAUGGCCAUUCCCUUUAUCAGACCAUUAAGGGACUGGCUUUCUCGAAGAUUUGGCGAUUCCUCAGACAGUGACAAUGGAUUUUCCUCAACUGGUAGCACGCCGGCUAAACCCACUGUGGAAAAAUUGAGUCGAACCAAAUUCCGCCACAGUCAGCAGUUAUUUCCUGACGGUUCUCCUGGUGACCAGUGGGUAAAGCACAGGCAAUCACUGCAGCAAAAGCCAUAUAAUAAUCAUUCUGAAAUGUCUGACCUUUUAAAAGGAAAGAAUCAAAGUGUGAGGGGAAAUGGCAGAAAACAGUAUCAAGAUUCACCUAAUCAAAAGAAAAGAACAAAUGGGCUUCAGCCAGCAAAGCAGCAGAAUUCUUUGAUGAAGUGCGAAAAGAAACUUCAUCCACGGAAACUUCAGGAUAAUUUUGAAACAGAUGCUGUAUAUGACUUACCUAGCUCCAAUGAAGACCAGUUGCUAGAGCAUGCCGAGGGACAGCCCGUGGCGUGUAAUGGACAUUGCAAGUUCCCCUUUUCAUCCAGAGCCUUUUUGAGUUUCAAGUUUGACCAUAAUGCUAUAAUGAAAAUCUUGGACCUUUGAUAGGAGCAAAUGUAUUGUAAAUAUCCCAGGAUCAGAGACCUGUUGGGUUUGAGUGGGUGUCUCCUCAAGCCUUACCUUUCUCAGGUGUUUUAAAGAAAUGCAGGGAGGCAAUGUUUCUGAAGACAUUUUCUGUUUAUAAGAGAGAGUAGAAAGAAACACGAGUUUGCACUGUAAAUGCAGUUAUAACCUUUUAUACAGAUUUACCUUUUCAGUGUUUAGUACAAGAUUAAGUUGCUUUCUUUGAGGGCAUUUAUUCUGUGUGACUGUGGGUUUUAUUUUGUAUUCUGGUUGAGAACAUAAUGUAUUGAGUUACUGUCAAGUAGCCAAGUUAAUGGGAAUGCUCCAUCUACCUGUUACAGUGAUUGCAAUAAUAGUAUAUUGGAGUUUUUCAAAGAAACUUAAAAUAAUGCCCAAUUAUUAAAUGAACACAAGAGCUGAAAUGUCGCAUUUGUCGGGAUUACAGGUGAUCUACUUUGGUGGCAUUUUGUACUUCUCUCUGCUUCUAACCACUGAGGCUUUCUAAUCUUCCUCUGGAAUUUUAGUGAAAGGAUUUAUUGAGAGCAGCUUCUGGAAUAUAAUGUGCAUGUCCAAAAUGAACUCUUAGCACUUCAUAAGGACAAAGUCUGUAGCCUGGAGGGGCUUGAGUGGAUGGGAGUUGAUGUUGUGAUUUUGAGCUGUGGUUACAUGCAGUCAGUAAACCUGUGAGACUGCUGGAGGAAGUGUAGCAGAGAGCAUGGAGGCUGAGACCCAGCAGCUACUUUGGGUCAUGUCUUUACCAUCCUGCCUCCAACCCUUUAGUCUUGUAGACUUUUGUUCUUGUGAAAAUUUCUUCUGUAUUUCUAGUUGUAUAAAUAUGUAUGAAAAACUGACAUUACUGGGUUUUACAUUGCAUCUCCAGUAUUGAUCUUUGGAUCAAUACUGUUAUAUUUGUUUUAUUAGAUUCCAAUUUGCAAUAGUAGCAGUGACUGACAUGCUUUUAUUGGCCUGCUAAGCCCCUGGAUGAUGGAGUGAGAAGAAGGGAAGGGGUAUGCAGUUUACCCAAGUCCAAAUAAAGCAUUUCACUAGGUUACACGUUAUGUAUAUGUGUUACACAAUAGUAACAUACGUAACUCACUCCUAGGAAUGUAUUUUGCUUCAGAAUUUUUAAAUUCACAUAAGGAUGGCAGUGCCCAUUUUAAGGAGGAUUUCAGCUAUAAUUGAGGACAAUCACCAGGGUGUUAAGGGAGCUUUAGUGUUUUGGCUGCAUCUGACCUCAUUGAAGGAAUUUCUUGGGAAUGGGGGGUGUUCGAGUAUAUGUGUGUGUGUGUGUAUCAUGUGGGUUUUAAAAAUCCUUUUUUACAGUGGUAUCCACAAAAUACUUCUCUGCUUAUAAAUGUUAUUGUAGAAAUCUUUAUUCUUUGUAGGUAGCCUAUUUAAUCGGGUUCCACUGAACCUCAUGGGACUUUUAAAAGAAGGGCUAUUUAAGGAAUUCGCUUAGUAGUACUUUGCUUUAGCUUUUAAAUGGCUUGAUUUUAAAGGAUAAAUUCUAUUUAUUAAGGAAGGUGUCACCCUUUUGGUGCUAAGCAGGAGAAUUCACAAUUAAAGCAGUGUGUAUAGAAUUAUGAUAUUCAGAAUCCUGCAUCUUGUAAUGUGACAAAUGUUUGAACCCUGUGACCUUUGCCUUUUAAUGCAUUAUAUGAUUGUGUUUGGAAGCUUUUACUGUCCUUUUCAGAAAUACGGCUGCUUUGCUUGGGUCUCUUUGAGCCAUAUUUAUAGUUGGUCCCAGCAUUCCAGACUUCUGUUGUUAAAGGAGUGAAAAUGUAGUUUGCCUGGCAGAUGAAUAAUUUUCACUCAUUUACUGUCUUCUGGAAACCAUUUAACUUUUACUGUGUUUUUUUUUGUAUGUGUGUUUUUUUUUUUCUUUUCAAGUGCAUACUUUGGCCAGUCUUCCUGGUGCCUGUGGAGUUGGAUUUGUCAGCUCUCAAUACUGAAGCAAAAGAGAUUAGAGUUAGUUACCGGACGUAUGGCCUCUAAUGGUGUUGAGCCUUUUCAAGAACCAACAAAUUAUCUUUGUGAUUACAGUAGUUUAACUAUGGUUAAAUGUUAUUGCUGUUGCGCUGCUUUAUUUAAUGCACUGUGGAACAAAAUAUAAGGGUAUUGUUGGGAUGUGAUUAUGGUAACUUCAGGCUUUUAGCUCUCCUCAAAGUUUGAGGUUAAAAAAAUGUUAAAAGAUGUGAGUUAAAGUUUAUGUGUGUGAUGUGACUUAACUAUGCAGAAAAUAUUUAAGUUGGAUGUACCUGUUUUAGGUACAUCUACUAUACUUAUUCCCUCAAACCUGGGUAGUAGUUUCUCAGUGUUCAGGUUACCUUGAGAAAGGCCAUGCUUAGUGAACUGGAUUUCUCCUUUGAGAAAUUUUAGUAUGGUUUGAGGAAAUCAAGUGAUAAAGGAGUAUGCUGAAUAUGCAAUAAUUUACUUCUACUGAGUGCUGCAUUUUAAGAAGCUAGAUGAGAAGAGUAGUUGGUUUGCUUCAUUAUGUUUUGUCUUUGAGAGAGAUACCGGUCUUGGAAUUCACUUUUUAAAUGUUAUGUUCCAACCUUAUAUGUUCCAAGGUGCAGUGCACUGUGAAUCUUUUAUUUUAAAACAAUUUGUGGGUGCUUUUAUGUAUAACUUUAAUGAUUUAUAAGAUGCUAAAUGAAUUGUUUUUGUACCUAACCAUUGUAAUCCAAAAGAUAAGGAUGUGGUUUACAUGCUUUUCAAAAAUUUGUGUUAAGAAGUAGCAAAUGAAUGGUUUAGGAUUUCAAAUAGUGAUACCCUCCUGAGACAUGAGCAUUUGGAGAGGCCUAAUAGAACUCAUAUAGUGUGGGUGAAAUUUGAUUAAAGAUGUUGGAAAAUUAAGUUGGAUUUUUGUAUUCAUAUAUAAAGGGAAGUCUCCCAAUGCUGUCAGAGGAAUUUUGGUCACUACUUGCUAUUCUGAGCUUUGAAUAUCCUUAUUUUUCUAUUAAAUAUCAGUUAGUAAGUAUAGCUAAUGAAGACAUAUAAUGAAAGUAAUUUUAUGCUGUAAGAUUGAGUUGGUACUUUUCCUUUUGAAGGCUUUAGUAAUUUGUAUGUAAUGUCAAAUAAAGGAAUUCAAAUCUGAGUAAA